AGAUCGAAAAUUAUAUAAACUGGGACUAAAAGGAUUUUACGUCAAAGAUGACAAUGACAGUACAGGAGAGGAACAAGCAUCUGAGGAGGAGAACCGUUGUCCCAAUGUGACCUUAAAGGUGGAUGCUAAUCAUGCUCUCGACCUGGAAGAAGUUGAACUAGACUCAGAGGCUGAGCUUAUGAAGAGUAUGGGAUUGCCUCUUCAGUUUGGUGGGCAGUCAGCCCACAGGGACUUUGUGGCAACAGAAAAUUACAGAAAGAGAAUUAACAUGAAGAUUAUGAAAAAGAAAAAGAAGUCCGUUUCUGGUGAGCUGUCCCUGGCUGCAGAGCAACAUGAGAAGAGCAGCAAACCUCAGGUUGUAAGUGAAGGGAACUGUGAAUGUUCAGAAAGUCCUGCAAAUGAGGCUUUACCCAGCGAACUUAAAGAAAAAUGGGAGAAGUACUGGAAUGAGUACGGAGAGGGCCUUCUUUGGCAAAGCUGGCUGGAGAAGCAUCAAGGGGUCUCAUCAUCUGAGGCCACCACAGCCUCUGAGCCUUGGAACAGUCCGGACACCAGGGAAGAGUGGGAGCAGCAUUACAGCGAACUGUACUGGUAUUACUGGGAGCAGUUUCAGUACUGGACAAGUCAAGGAUGGACUACUGAGAGCUCACACGGUGACAACGUGGAAGCUGAUGGGGUUACCCAGGAGACGGGUCUUUCGGGAAAAAAGGACUUGGUUAGCCCAGGGGCCGGUUGCAGUGAAGUGCUGCGCUUGGAGCUGUCUCCCGCUAACACCAGAAGUGAGGAAACACUCCCUUCAGGUGCUGAGCCCCACAGCGAAAUAAUCUCUGGGAUUUGUAAUUUAAAUCUGAAUUUGGAGGAGGUGGAGCAGAGCAGUGCAGCUCUAACAGUAGCACAGCAAGGUCCUCAAGAACAUAGUUCAUCCGACAGUGAAAGCCAGAAGGAGCCCUGUGAUGGAGGAACCAGGAAAAGGAGUGCAUCUUGUGGAAAUAGAAGUAUUAACCAGUCAGGCUCACAGGGGUCAUGUAGCUCGAAUUCAAAUGACAAAGAACAGUUGCUGCUUCAUGACCGAGAUGAAGAUGAGGACGAAGAGCCUCCUGAAUACAGACAUGCCAAAGUCAAGCGAAGCCAUGAACUGGAUGUGGAUGAGAACCCGGUGGAAGAUCCUGGGGAAACCUGCUCUGUCUUGGGUUUCAAGUGUGGCACAGGACAAAAGUAUGGUGGAAUCCCAGAUUUCACCCACCGAAGUGUGCAGUACUUGGAGAAGAAAGCGAAACUCAAGUCCAAGUUCUUGGAUAUGCGUAAACCAAGGAAGAGCAAAAACACACACAUCUUCUUUACAGAGGAAUCGGAAACGUCUUGCAAAAAAAGUAAAACUUUGAAGAAGGUGGAAGAGUUCCUGAGGCGAGUUAGUGAAGCUGGGGAGGAAACCCCGUCCCAGGCAGCCUCCCCGCGGGGCAAAGCGGAGACAUUGUCUGCGAGCAGCGACUCGGAGAAUCGGGAAGGCGUGACUGCUGCUCAGCCUGCAACGCUGGACGCUGGAAACGAAAAGCCACCGUCUUCCAGCGUGGCCUUCCCAGAACCUGGAGGGAGUAACCUCGAGGAGGAAGCGCAGGAGGUGGCCCCGAGCGGCUCCGAUGGCCAGGGCGCGGGGAGGCAGCUGGUUCCUCUGGAUAUUCCCGAUUAUCUCCGAGCAGAGACAGAGGAGGUCAGCCAAGCUGUAGAUGAAAAAAUUACCGCAAAGAAGAAGGAGAAAAAAAGGAGAAGAAAGAAUAAAAUUGGGCUGGGAGCUAUACCUGCCGAGAUUGCUGCCGAUCCAGAGCUGGCCAAGUACUGGGCACAACGCUACCGGCUCUUCUCUCGGUUUGACGAGGGAAUUAAACUAGACAGAGAGGGCUGGUUUUCUGUUACUCCUGAGAAAAUAGCCGAGCAUAUCGCCAUCCGUGUUAGUCAAUCGUUCAGCUGCGAUAUCAUAGUGGAUGCGUUCUGUGGGGUUGGAGGAAACGCUAUUCAGUUUGCGUUGACCUCAAAAAGAGUGAUCGCCAUCGAUAUCGACCCCGAGAAGCUCCGUCUCGCGCGCCACAAUGCCGAGGUGUACGGCGUGGCCGAGCGGAUCGAGUUUGUCUGCGGGGACUUCAUGGUGCUGGCUGCCGACCUGCAAGCAGACGUUGUGUUCCUCAGCCCGCCCUGGGGCGGCCCUGACUACGCCACUGCCGAAAUCUUCGAUAUCCAAACCAUGAUUUGCCCAGACGGAUUUGAAAUCUUCAGGCUCUCCAAGAAGAUCACCAACAAUAUCGUGUAUUUUCUACCUCGGAAUGCUGACAUUGACCAGGUGGCCUCCUUAGCAGGGCCGGGAGGGAAAGUGGAAAUAGAACAAAAUUUCCUCAAUAACAAACUGAAGACAAUAACAGCUUAUUUUGGUGAUCUAAUAAGGCAUGACAUCUCCUGAACUCCGUGUGGAUUCUUCCAAACCCAACCUCCCCGACUGCUGCUUUGCUUAAGCUUUUGUACAGCUGGCUGAUCAAAAAUGACUUCAAGCCAUUUUCUGCUUUUAAUUUCUGUUUACAAAAAAAAAGUGUUCCGUUUAUUGCUGCUGUCAAUAAAUGUUUUAUAA